AUGUCUUUGUUUUUAUUCUCCUUUCUCUCGUACUGUCAUAUUGUCAAACAUUUUUCUCUCUAUUUUGUCUCACUGUGUCUUUUUAAUUCUCCCCUUUCUUUAUUUGUUAGUCUUUUUCUUUUUCUCUCUUUAUUUUGCUUCAUUGUGUCUUUUUACUUACCUUUCUCGAUUUGUUAUUUUGCCAGUCUUUUUUCUAUAAAUUUUUCUCUCGCUGUGUUAUUUUACUUCGCCUCUUUCUCGAUUUGUCAUUCUGCCAAACAUUUUUCUUUCCCUAUUUGUUGUCACUGUGUCUUUUUACUUCUCCUCUUACGUUGUCAUUGUCAUUCCUGGAUCUAUUUUGUUUCGUUAUUCUAUAACGUUUCUCUUUCUAUUUUCUCUCAUUGUGUCUUUUUACUUCACCUUUUUUCGAUUUACAAUUCUGCAAGUCUUUUUCUUUUUCUGUCUCUAUUUUCUCUGACCUUUUUCUUUUCAUGUUUCUAUUUUGUCUCAAUGUGUGCUUUUACUUCUCUCCUUUCUUUAUUUGACAAGGUUUUUCUUUUUCUCUCUCUAUUUUCUCUCUAUGUGUCUUUUUACUUCUACCCUAUCUAUAUUUCUCAGUCUUUUUCUUUUUCUCUCUAUUUUCUCUCAAUGUGUCUUUUUACUUCUACCCUAUCUAUAUUUCUCAGUGUUUUUCUUUUUUCUAUAUUUUCUCUCAAUGUGUCUUUUUACCUCUACCCUAUCUAUAUUUCUCAGUGUUUUUCUUUUUCUCUCUAUUUUCUCUCAAUGUGUCUUUUUACCUCUACCCUAUCUAUAUUUCUCAGUCUUUUUCUUUUUCUCUCGAUGUGUCUUUUUACUUCUACCCUAUCUAUAUUUCUCAGUCUUUUUCUUUUUCUCUCUAUUUUCUCUCAAUGUGUCUUUUACCUCUAUAUCUAUUUUCUCACUUUUUCUUUUCUCUCGAUGUGUCCUUCAUCUAUAUUUCUCAGUCUUUUUCUUUUUCUCUCUAUUUUCUCUCAAUAUGUCUUUUUACUUCUACCCUAUCUAUAUUUCUCAGUCUCUUCCUUUUUCUCUCUAUUUUCUCUCUAUGUGUCUUUUUACUUCUACCCUAUCUAUAUUUCUCAGUCUCUUCCUUUUUCUCUCUAUUUUCUCUCUAUGUGUCUUUUUACUUCUACCCUAUCUAUAUUUCUCAGAUUUUUCUUUUUCUCUCGAUGUGUCUUUUUACUUCUACCCUAUCUAUAUUUCUCAGAUUUUUCUUUUUCUCUCUAUGUGUCUUUUUACUUCUACUCUAUCUAUAUUUCUCGCUCCUUUUCUUUUUCUCUCUAUUUUCUUUCUAUGUGUCGUUAUACAUUUCCUGUUUCUCGAUUUGUAAUUCUGUCCUUUUUUUUCUUUUUCGCUAUCUAUUUUUAUCAUUCUUUUUCUUUUUAUCUCUCUAUUUACUUCACCUCUGUCAUGAUUUAUCCUUCUGUCAAACUUUUUCUUUUACUCUCUCUCUCUCUUUUUACUUGUAUCUUUUCACUUCUUUUCUUUUUCAAUUUCUCAGUGGUUUUCUACUUCUGUCUCUGUUUUCUUUCUCUGUGUCCUUUUACUUCUCUUUCACGAUUUGACAUUUUUCUCAUUCUUGUUCUUUUUAUCUCUCUGUUUUGUCUCACUGUGUUUUUUUACUUCUCCUCUUUUUCGAUUUGUCAUUCUGUCAUUCUUUUUCUUGAUCUCCCCUAUUUUGUCUCACCGUGUCUUUUUACUUCAGCACUUUCCUUAUUUGUCCUUCUCUCUCUCUCUCUCUCUCUCUCUCUCUCUCUCUCUAUUUUGUCUCACUGUGUCUUUUUACUUCAGCACUUUCCUUAUUUGUCAUUCUUUCUCUCUCUCUCUGACUGUCUGUCUGUCUGUCUGUCUCUAUUUUGUGUCACUGUGUCUUUUUACUUUCUCGGUUUGUCAUUCUGCCUUUAUCUUUUUCUCUCUUUAUUUUCUUUCACUGUGUCUUUUUACUUCUCUCCUUCUUCGAUUUGUCAUUUCUUUCUCUUUCUCUCUCUAUUUUCUCUCACUAUGAUUUUUUUCUGCUUCCUUCUCGGGUCCUUUCAGUUUGUCAUUUUCUUUCAAUUCUCUUCCUUCUCUCUCUUCGUCUUUAUUAUCUCCAAAUCCAUCUCUAAUUCAAUCUUUGUUUGUGAAUUAUAG